ACCGAAGCCCUGCUCUUCCGCGGGCCCGGGAGGAAAGGACCCCCACCGGGUGCACGACUCCUGAUUGGAGAGACGGAGGUCAGGGUGAGCCCGACACUAAAAUGUCUUGGGCUCAUCCUGGACGGGAGGUGGACCUUCGGUCCGCAUUUCGAACAGUUGGGACCGAAGGUCGUGAGGGCGGCAUCAGCGCUGGGCCGGCUCCUUCCGAACAUAGGAGGGCCCAGCGAAGCCUGCAGGCGGCUAUACUCCGGGGUUUGCCGGAGUAUAGCUCUGUACGGGGCCCCAAUUUGGGCGGAUUCCCUCACCGUAAGGAACAAAGCCCAGCUGCGAAAGGCGCAGCGGGUCAUAGCGGUGAGGGUAAUUCGGGGCUACCGUACAGUCUCCUGGGUGGCAGCCACUGCCCUGGCUGGAGAUCCCCCGUGGGAGCUCGUGGCGCCGGUGCUCGCCGAGAUGCACCUCUUCACUUUAGAGAGGAGGUCACUUGGUGAGUCGCUGACGUGGGAGGAGCUUUCGCGGGUGCGGAAGCUGGGGCAGGAAUGGCUGCUUCGAAGGUGGGGUGAGGUUCUGGCGCAGGCUCAGUACGGUCAACGUACUGCUGAGGCCCUGCGUCCAGUUCUUGCGGGGUGGAUGCGUCGCAAGAGAAAACCCCUCACCUUCCGCCUUACACAGGUGCUCACCGGACACGGUUGUUUCGGUGCGUACCUGUGUAAGGUCGCCAGGAGGGAGCCUACGCCAGCCUGCCACGACUGUGGCGCUGCGGAGGACACGGCCCAGCACACCAUCGAGGUGUGCGAUCGCUGGGCCGUGCAGCGCCACGAUCUUGUGGCAGUGCUAGGCGGGGACCUCUCGCUCCCGAGCAUGGUGCGCUGCAUGCUUGAGAGCGAUGAGGCCUGGCAGGCGGCGGUCUCUUUUUGCGAGUAUGUCAUCUCGCAGAAAGAGACCGCGGAGCGGAAUAGAGAGGAUGACAGUGUGACGAACGGGCCCGCGACCCGGGGUGUCGGAGUUUUGAAGUAUGGGUGA